ACUGAAUCAAUGAUUGUCGGCUGAAGCCCGGAAGCUCAGAUAGAUAUUUGUGCCCGUAAGCCGCACUGCAAAUGUAAUUGACAAGCAAAAAUGGCGGAACCGAAACGGAAGUCGAAGGGAGAGUUUGUUGAUUUCAUAGUGCUGCUGCUUUCGCUUGUAUUGCAAGUUUGUUUCAACUCAAACUCGAAGCUUCAAGUAUGGGCCGGUUCUGAACUCGAGUUUCUUCCGGGUUUUGAUGGAAAACUGCCUUUUCAUCUGGAAACAGGGUACAUAGGUGUGGACGAAUCAGAGGAUGUGCAGCUCUUCUACUACUUCAUUAAGUCCCAAUCAAAUCCAGAAAUGGACCCUCUGGUCCUUUGGCUUACCGGAGGCCCUGGUUGCAGUUCAAUUUCCGGUCUCGUCUAUGAAAUAGGACCAUUUACUUUUGAGGCAGUGGAGUACAGUGGCAGUUUACCCAGAUUGGUCUUGAAACCUUAUUCCUGGACAGAGGUGGCAAGCAUAAUUUUUUUGGACUGGCCAGUAGGUACUGGAUUUUCCUACGCAAGAAAUCCAGAGGCUCUUGAAUCUACUACUUUGCAAGCAAGCAAUCAAGCUUACCAGUUUCUUAGGAAGUUUCUGAUUGAUCACCCGGAGCACUUGUCAAAUUCUUUCUACAUUGGUGGAGACUCGUAUUCAGGUCUUCCUGUUCCAGUCAUAGCACAAUUAAUAUCAGAUGGGAAUGAAAAUGGAAAUCAGCCACUGAUUGAUCUUAAGGGAUACUUACUUGGCAAUCCAGGAGCAACUCCAUUGGAUCACAACUAUCGAGUGCAAUUUGCUCAUGGAAUGGGGCUUAUCCCUGAUGACCUCCAUGAGUCCUUGAUCAGGAAUUGUAAAGGAAUGUACAUAACUAUAGAUCCUGAAAACUUUCUGUGUAUGAAGGAUAUGCAGAACUUUAAUCAGUUAGUUGAGAGCAUCAAAUUUUCGAACAUUUUGGAAAAUUAUUGUGGUUUACGAGCGCCAAAGCCUCAAAAAACCUAUGCUCAGAGAAGAGAUCUGGAUGAAACAUCCCAAGAACUUAGUGGACAUGACCUACUCCUUGCAUUCAAAUGUCGUGAACAAGCAUUUGUGCUGGCUGAAAUUUGGGCUAAUGACCAAAGUGUCCGGGAAGCCCUCGACAUCCCGAAGAAGCAUGUUGGAUAUUGGCAUCGAUGCAACGACAACUUGCUUUAUACAAAGACAAUCCACAGCAGCGUACCUUAUCAUGCAAAUCUCAGCACCUUAGGCUACAGGUCACUCGUUUACAGUGGUGACCAUGACAUGGUUUUGCCGCAUUUUGGAACUCAAGACUGGAUAAGAUCUCUAAACUACAGCAUUGUAGAUGAAUGGCGACCUUGGUUUGUUGAAGGUCAAGUUGCUGGAUAUACGAGAACUUAUGCCAACCGGAUGACAUUCGCGACAGUCAAGGGAGCUGGGCACACGGCACCAGAGUACAAGCCAGUUCAGUGCAGAGCCAUGUUCCAAAGGUGGAUAUCCUACGAACCUUUAUGAUUGACCCCAGUGGAGGAAAGGAAACUAAACUAUAAUAAAAUCUCCUGUCGUCCGACUCCAACUCUGCGAUGAUGGUCAGACCGACGGCUAUGGUGGUCGUCCUCUUCUGAAUUGAAUGAAUUUUAUUUUGUUUUGUUAAAAAUAAUAAGAGAAGCUGACGAGCAGUCCGCCGCCUUUUCUCACUUUUAUUUGGGUUGAUAAUUUAAUAACGGGUCGGGGCGUUCUUGAUUUUCA